AUGUCCUGGGGAAACCGCUCAUUGUGGAUGGAAUUCGUGUUCCUGGCCUAUCCUUCCCAGUCAGAGCCGCACGUCUUGUCCUUCCUUGGGGUCAGCCUGGUUUAUACAUGGGUCAUCGUGGGGAAUGUCCUCAUCGUGGCGGCCAUCCAGACCGAAGCCCGCCUCCACACGCCCAUGUGCUAUUUCCUGGGCAGCCUCUCGGGAGUAGAAAUCGGCUACACUGCUCGGGUGGCCCACCUCCUGGCCAACAUCCUACGGUCGGAGAAGACCAUCACCCUGCUGGGCUGUGCUACUCAGAUGGGCCUCUUCAUGGGACUGGGCAGUGCCGACUGCUUCCUCUUGGCUUCCAUCACUGACUGCUUCCUCUUGGCGGUCAUGGCCUAUGACCGCUACGUGGCCAUCCGCCACCCGCUGCAUUACAUGCUCAUCAUGACCCGGAAGCUCUGCGUCCGGAUGGUGGGCUGUGCCGUGGGCCUGGCCUCCCUCCUCUCCCUGCAGCUCACCAUCCUCAUCUUCACCCUGCCCUUCUGUGGGCACCGCAGCGAAAUCAACCACUUCCUUUGCGACGUGCCCCCAGUCCUGCGGCUGGCCUGCGCAGACAUCCGCGUGCACCAGGCCGUGCUCUACGCCGUGGGCAGCCUCGUGCUGACCGUGCCCUUCGUCCUCAUUUCCGUCUCCUACGUGCUCAUCGGCUCGGCCAUCGUGCGCAUCCGCUCUGCAGAGGGCCGCUGCAGGGCCUUCUCCACCUGCUCCUCUCACCUCGCUGUGGUCCUGCUGCAGUACGGCUGCUGCAGCCUGGUCUACCUGCGCCCCCGGUCCAGCACCUCGGAGGAUGAGGACCGCCGAAUCGCCCUGAUCUACACCUUCAUCACCCCCUUACUCAACCCCCUGAUUUACACUCUGCGCAACAAGGAUGUCAAAGGUGCUCUGAAGAAUGCCUUCGUCAGUAAAGCAGCCUCAGACAACACUUGA